AUGACAUCAAGUGAAAGUAGUGCAUCAACCUUGCCGUCGUCUUUUUAUGUUACAUCGCCACUCCCAUCUCCCAAAGUUAGACAUGAAGAGCCGGGAAGUGAAAGUAGUGACUCAGAUAUUACGGAGAAUUUCAAAACACGCCAAGGGAAAGGUCCGGUCAUGGUCAGGAGGACAGUAAAAUGCAGCGAUACAAAACCUUGCAAAUUAUGUUUAUACUGGAGACAGAUUGAAUAAUGAACUGUUUCCUGACAGACCGUUACUUUUUAAGGAAGGCUCAUCCUUUACGUGCAGUAAUAUUGAGGAGGGGAUUUACAUUAUGACUUGUGGGAACCCCGACUGUCCUAAAUUUAACACGGUCAUCUACAUUGGGCAGAGUGGAGGAGGAAAUAAAGCACAUUUGAAGGUUAGAAUGUUGGACCAUGCCCACGCAGGCAACCCCACUGGAGUCGACUCUCACUAUAGUGGUGCAUGUUCUGGGUUGAUGCGAUUUCUGUAUGUUAAAGAGAUCAAGGAUAUGAAAAAAAGAUUGAAAAAAGAGACUGCAUACAUGCACCGUUUCGGAACAGUGCUCCCUUCGAUCGGAUACAACAUCGCCCAAAGUAGCCCAUUCCCGAAGAAACAAAUAAUUGGAUCAGGAAGUCUCCUUCCAUACAUAUUCACUGGCUUUGGAGGAGGACGCCCAAAAAUAAGAGACCUGAACUGGCAAGUUCUAGCGGCCAAAUGCAUAUUGGAACAACCCGACCGACAAGCCACUCCUGCUCAAAUUGCUAACUACGUAGAUGAUAAUUAUCCAGGAUAUGCAACCAAGUUUAAAGACAUGGGAAAACUAUUCAGAAGUUAUCUUCCUAUAGCGUGUAAAGAACCAGAAGAAAAAGGGGCACUCCCACCCACCAGCUCCAAUUAUUCAAACUGGUUUACCAAAGACGUGUCAGGAGGUCUCUACCAAUUAAAAGACCUCCCUGAGAUAAACAAGGCAUUGGAUGACUUUAAAGAUGUACUCGCUCGAUAUGAGAAGAAGGUCACGUCAGAGGUAAUCCCCUCACCACAACCAUUACCGUUCUCAUCAUCAUCAAGGCUAACAAGGGGAUCAAGAAAAGAUUACUCAGAGUCCGAUAGUUUUGCUGACGAGAGCGAUUAGAGUUAAAAAUGUAGGACCCGUAUCUAAUAAUCCUCCUUGAUUGACAUUGUGUUCCCAUUUGUUUAAAAAUAUUUACUUACUGUCCAUGAAUGUCACCACAAACAGUGAACUCUUUAUCGUCUGGUAUCGUGACUUCAAUCAGACUGGGCUGCUUUUCUAAAUAUGUUUUGAUCUCGAGGAGUAUCUGUAAAACGGAAAUCAUCAGAAUUAGUAUUUAAUUGUGCCAGCCAGACUAACCUAACCUAAUCUAAGAUUUACAAAAUUAUAAUAACUCACUUUGUACGCAUACUUUCGAUGCAAGGUUUUUUGACUUUUGUACCAUUCCAUGAGGUCCUUAACAAAUUGUAAGGUCACUAUGUCACCAUUCUCCAACCUUGGGCCACUAUAAUCCCUUUCUACCGCUGUUGGAAUAAAACAUCAAAGUAUGAAAUAGUUAAUAAAUGA